AUGAUGAAGGCCAGCACCACCAACACCACACUGGAGCUCGGCUUCCAGAAAGACGGCACCGACAAGCCUGAUGGCGGCACAGGUGGCGUGCUCUGGCCGUCGCUGAUCUGCUACCUCGUCGUUGCCGCCACCACUUUUUGGGCCGUGGCGUCCAUCUUGUUCCCGCCGUCGGCGUUCCCCCUUCCUCCCCUGAUGUCCAGCGUCGUCACCGUCAGCCAGCAGCCCCCUGCUUCCCACGAGCCGCCGCCGUCGGAGGACACCCGGACCAACGUGACCGCCAACAUUUGCGCAGGGCGGUACAUCUACGUGUACCGCCUGCCGCCGCGCUUCAACGACGACAUCGUCCGCGGCUGCCGCGCGCUCCGACCGUGGAUGGACGUGUGCCCGUACAUGGCCAACUGCGGCCUGGGCCGCCCGCUGCGCGACGAGGGCGGCGUCUUCCCGGGCCGCGGCUGGUACGCCACUGACCAGUUCAUGCUCGACGUCAUCUUCCGCUGCCGGAUGAGGCGGUACGACUGCCUUACUGGCGACCCCGCCCGCGCGUCCGCCGUCUUCGUGCCGGCCUACGCCAGCCUGGACGGCGGGCGGUACCUGUGGAACAGCACCGCGACGCGGGACGCGCUGGCGCUCGACCUCGUCGCGUGGCUGGUGCGGCGCCCGGAGUGGCGCGCCAGGGCGGCCGCGACCACUUCCUGUUGGCCGGCCGGACCGCGUGGGACUUCCUGA